AUGCUCUCCUCGGACUUUGCGGAUGUUCUUAGUCUGAUUUCCUUUUGUGUUUGGGGUAUUUGGAAGGCCAGGAAUCGGUUAGUCUUUGAGGGGAUUUUAUGGCGGUCUGAGGUUGUGGUGCAGAAGGCGGUCGUCAGCUUUUGGGAGUUUCAUGAUGCUCGAUCCCUCUGUUCCUCAGUGCAGCCAGGGACGGCUAGUGCGUUGGUGGAUUCGUGGAGUCCUCCUCCCUCUGAAAUUGUUAAGUGUAAUUUUGAUGCUUCUUUUUGUCAGCAGUCUUUGCAAGGGGGUGGUGCCGCUAUUUUUUGCAAUUUUUGGGGUGAAGUGUUUCACGCGGUUAUUUUUUGUCCCUUUUCUGCUGCUUCAUCUUUGGAGGUGGAGGCGUUGGUGUGUCAAUGUGAGAUCCUUUGUGCUUUUGAUUUGGAUUUUUCUUACUUAUGGUUUGAAUCAGAUGCCAAAGUUGUUGUGGAUGGGGGUAAUCAGAUGGCUCAUGCUUUGGCAGCUCUUUCGCGGCCUAGGCUUGCGUCAGAUCAGCUGUUGUCUUCUCUUCCUCCUUCCGUUGUCCCUUACGCGGUGGCGGAUGUUGGGUCUUAG